GCGAAGGCGGUCCGGGCGGCGCGGCCAUGGUGGACGCGGAGGGCGGGCUGUCUCUCACCAUCGCGCGCGUCGUGCAGCGGCUCCGCGGCUCCAGCCUCCACUCGCAGCUGGAGCGGCAGGCCCGGGUUAGCUUACACAAGCCAGAGGUUAAACUGGAAUCACUGAAAGAAGACAUUAGGGAUUUUCUGAAGACGUCAGGUUGGGAAAAGAAGCUUCAGAAUGCAGUUUAUAGUGAACUCAAUGUGUUUCCUUCACCCUGUCAUCCUGCAGCACCUCCUGAGCACAUGAAAGAGCCAUUAGCUUAUAUGAGGAAAGCACAGGGAAGUUGGGAGAAGCGAAUUCUAAAAAGCCUUAAUAGCAUGUGCACAGAACUCAAUAUCCCAUUAGCACAGAAGCGGCCUGCGAGUGAACAGAAAGAGCUGCUUAAUAAAUGGAAUGAAAUGGGAACUGAUGAGCCUGAUCUAAGUCUCUUCCGGCCUGUUUAUGCACCUAAAGAUUUUCUUGAGGUACUGAUGAAUCUUCGAAACCCAAAUUAUGAAAAUGGAGAACAACCAAGUUUCAGGAAUCAUCUGGGGCUAAUUCAAGUUCCUCUAAAAGUCAAAGAUAUUCCAGAAUUGAAAGAAGACUUCAGUGAGCUAGGCUUAAAUAUAGGACAGCUGGGUAUUGAUGAUUCAGCACAAGUGCCUCCUGAAUUCUUUGAAAAUGAGCAUGUACGUGUUGGACAAAAAGUUUUAGCAGAGCAGGAUAGUGCUGCGGCGCAGCAGUACGUUCGUCAGGGAUGUCCAACGGCGCUCCGAGCUGAGCUGUGGGCUCUCAUUCUGAACAUUUCCAAUCAGCCAGAGGAUAUCCUGUAUUAUGAACAGCUUAAAUCAAAUGUGAUUCAGCACAACCUUUUAGUGGACAGCCUGAUUUAUAAAGAUGUCAAGCUUACAGCAAGCAAUGAUGAUUACUAUUUUGUAUUUGAGGAUUAUUUAUAUCAGGUGUUGCUCUGCUUUUCCCGAGACACCUCCGUGCUGGAGCACUUCGCCUACAGCAGUGCCACCCCACCUAAAUCAUACAUACGAGGAAAACUUGGAGUAGAAGAAUAUGCUGUUUUUUAUCCACCAAAUGGUGUAAUUCCUUUCCAUGGCUUUUCCAUGUAUGUGGCCCCACUUUGUUUUCUGUACCACGAGCCUUCCAAGCUGUAUCAGAUGUUCCGUGAGAUGUACGUGCGUUUCUUCUUCAGGCUCCAUUCCAUCUCUUCUCAUCCCUCUGGCAUUGUGUCCUUAUGCUUGCUGUUUGAGACUCUUCUGCAAACCCAUCUGCCCCAGCUCUUCUAUCACCUCCGGGAAAUUGGGGCCCAGCCGCUACGAAUUUCAUUUAAGUGGAUGGUUCGAGCGUUUUCUGGCUAUUUAGCUACAGACCAGCUCCUGCUGUUGUGGGACAGAAUCCUAGGAUACAACUCCCUAGAAAUUCUUGCUGUGCUGGCGGCGGCCGUGUUCGCCUUCCGCGCCGUGAACCUCAUGGAGGUGACGUCGCUGGCGGCGGCCGAGGCUGUGCUCGCUGACCUGUCAACCCUCAAGGUGGUGCCUCUGCUUCAAAUCUUCUUGUUUGCGACCGUCACUUGAUCUGCUCCCACUCCUCAGACACCACGCUUCCCCUCUCGCGUUAGAAACUCAUAUCCAGCCGUGCGGGGUCUGCGUAAAGCCCAACCUAAGCUGUGUCUAUAGUGCUCGUUUAGAAAUCAUGACCUUAAUGCCGUUUUCUAGCUGAGAGCGGUAACUUUGCACCCCGGUUUGUGCACUGCAUGCUGCUGAAUUUCACCAUGAGAGCAGUGGUUGGGACUUGUGCAAGAAGAACGGUUACCUGCGCAAAAGAGCAAUGUGAAUCAGUGUCUGACUGCAUGUGAUAUUGGAUGAAACAAAGGUAACGUAACUCUUGAUCUGAGUGUUUGACUCUUGAGUGUCUGCUAAUACCAGAUUUGUAAAAACUCUCUUUUCCCACAAAGUUACUUUUGUAAACUUAUGUUGUAGAGGAUAUCAUCUCAAGUUGAAUAAAGUGAGAAAAUAAGGACACCUUAAUUUACAAGAUUUUUUCCUCACUUCUUAAAGAAAGAUUUGAGACUGUUCUCC